CAAUGUCCAUGUGUAUACUGUCAGUCACAAAGUUGAAAUCAGAUAAGCAAAGUAACUUGGCCUGAGCUACCUGCAUUGCAGGGGGCUGAACUAGAUUACCCUCAAGGUCCUUUCCAACUCUGUGAUUCUGCGAUUCACUAUGGCUCUUCAAAGUCCUUUUUCUAAGAAAACGGGUUUGGAACGUCAGUUUCAACCAAGGAGCAGCCAAUCUGCAAGGACUCUACUGGCUACCACACAGAGCUCGGUGAAACAAUCAAGCAAAAGCCGUGGUGGAGAGGAGCAAGAAGCCCUGAAAGCAGACCAGGUCCGGCAGGACACGGUCUGGAGAGAGUUUGUGGAGGCCGAAAGAAGGGCGACGAGAUAUUGGUACCGGAACUGGAGUUUCUUAAAGGACUACGAUCCACUGGGCAGGAUAAAAGAACCUGAGCAGCUUCCUGAAUACAUGUCAGUUUUCUCAGACAAAAUUCCCAACACCAGCGGACAUGUUAUUGGCAGCAGAAUGAACACAGAUCUCGGCAAAACACUAGUAAAAAUGGAUUACUUCCUCAACUAUGGCAGAAGAAAAAAUAAACUUGGGCAGGAACUCCAGGCUUCCUAGAAUCAGAAAAAAGAAUUCUACUCCCCUCUUUUAAAAGAGGAACUACUGCUCUAACUACAACCACCUACAACCAAAAACAAUAACAUGAUUUCUCUGUCUCUCUAGAUGCCAUAUUUCCAAAGGCUAGUUGAAAUUCUAUCCAAAUAAGGCAUUUAGUGAUUUCAAAGUGGACACCUGAGAACAUACGGAUCACAUUUAAUAUUUUUAGUUUCAACGUUUUAAGAAGUUUAUGGAGCUGAAUCACAUUCCAAAAGCUUAAUCUGUGCAGAGUUAUGUUAGAGAACCAAGAGGUCUAUCUUUACCAAAUCUGUCAUAUUUUGGCAGCUUAUAUUUGCUCUACGAAAAACUAAGAGCCGUCUACAUUAUCUGCCCACAGGAAGUUGCCAUCAUUAUAUUAUAUUCAUUGCAUCAAAGUGAACCAAAACAACUUUCACAGUGCCAUAGUGACCUGUGAAAGGACAUGAAAUUUAACAGCUAUGCAAGUGAGAAAUAAUUUCAUUCAAGGUUACAGUUUGUUCCAAAUUUGACCUUGCAUUCUGCAUAAGUUGUUGUGGGGAACAGAAAGCAGUCGUGACCUCCUAGCAGACAGUGCUGGCCAGAAGGCUGGCUGGCAGCUUCUGAGCAAAUUGUUAACAAAGCAAUUUGCAACGAUUUUGUACAAGAUCUUCAGAGCAGGGAGAACCAAAGCUGUCCUUUCCCGAUGUUUGCUGGACCGCAAAUCCCAUCAGCCCCAGGCAGCAAGAAUAAUGGGAGCUGAAGUCAAACAUCAUUUGUAGGGGACCCUGAUCUAGAGUCCUAGGACAUUAUUUGAAGGUCCAUGAGGCCACCGCUUUGCUGAAGAUAAGCGGAUCUGGAUCAGCUCAAUGCCUGGAUGGGAGACUGAUUGGGAAAUAAGAGUCAUGGAAGAUUGGCUGUACAAUGAAGGGUGAGUUUCUCUCAAAUGAAGACUGCAUGGAUUGCUUCUACGUAUCUGCAGCCUUCAGCACCUAUUGACUACAACUUCUCUUUACCCUAUAGUUAUAGCUCCUUUAUGGACUAUCACCAGUUCACCAUCUUUCUUACGCAAAGUGGUCCAGAACAUUACAUAGCAAAGAUCUGGUGGUGCCAAACAGGGGGUGCUUUGAGUGCACAAAGGCAAUCCCUCUCACUGAGAAGAAGUUUCAGGACAGGUCUGUGGAUGGCCAUACCCAAUCAAAGACUAGGAUAGUCCCUGUUGUGUCCAGUGCUGGAAGUGGGUGUUUAAGACUGAGCUGAAGGCCUGAUGUGCAAUGGCAGAAGAAACUGACCUGUUGUCCAGAUAAGGACAGAAAGUGAAGAUCCUGGAAUCGAUAAUGUCAAAUUAAGGAGCGUAAGAACUCUGCCCUAAGCAACUUAAAGGAAGCUGUGUUGGUCUAUGAAGUGGGUGGGGGAAUAAUACACCAUCUUGAAAAUGAAUCUAAAAGCUGGCCUUAUAGCUAUAAAACCCAACUUAACUUCUUGUACUUUUUUAUUUCUCCUCAUCCCUGCCCUGCACUUUGUGUAACGUCUUGACAGAUGAAGAGUUCAGGAGAACUUGAAAGCUUGCCGCUAUGUUACGGCAUUUUGGUUGGUCCCAAUGAAGGUAACGCCCAACUGUGGGUUUUGAAUUCCA